CUUCUUUUGUUCCAGCUCUGAUGGUACUAGCUGAACACUGACCGCUACCUGCCCGAGGACACCUGCUGCCCAAUUCCCUUCAUCAUGUCUGGGAUGCACGCACCAUGGUCGACUGGCACAGAGUGUGUAGCCAAGUACAACUUCCAGACCACCAACGAACAGGACCUGCCGUUCUGUAAAGGAGAUUUACUGACCAUCAUCGGAGCCACCAGGGAUCCCAACUGGUACAGAGCGAGGAACUCUGUGGGCCGAGAGGGAACCAUCCCGGCAAACUAUGUCCAGAAAAGAGAAGGAGUCAAGUCAGGAGGGAAACUCAGUCUCAUGCCCUGGUUUCACGGGAAGAUAACUCGGGAGCAGGCCGAGCGGCUCCUCUACCCUCCGGAGACGGGCUUGUUCCUGGUGAGGGAGAGCACCAACUACCCCGGUGAUUACACGCUGUGCGUCAGCUGCGACGGCAAAGUGGAGCACUACCGCAUCAUCUACCACAACGGCAAGCUCACCAUCGAUGAGGAGGAGUACUUUGAGAACCUCAUGCAGCUGGUCGAGCAUUACACCAAAGACGCCGAUGGCCUUUGCACCCGGCUGAUUAAACCCAAGUUGAUGGAGGGAACAGUGGCAGCACAAGACGAGUUCUCCAGGAGCGGCUGGGCCUUGAACAGGAAGGAGCUGAAACUCCUGCAGACCAUCGGCAAAGGGGAGUUUGGAGAUGUGAUGGUGGGAGACUACAGAGGGAACAAGGUGGCAGUCAAGUGCAUCAAAAACGACGCCACGGCGCAGGCUUUCAUCGCAGAGGCCUCCGUCAUGACACAGCUGAGACACAACAACCUGGUGCAGUUGUUAGGCGUCAUCGUGGAGGAGAGGGGCAGUCUCUACAUCGUCACCGAGUACAUGGCGAAGGGCAGCCUCGUGGACUACCUGCGCUCCCGAGGACGCACCGUGCUCGGUGGAGACUGCUUACUCAAGUUCUCCCUCGAUGUGUGUGAAGCCAUGGAGUACCUGGAGGCCAACAACUUCGUCCACAGAGACCUGGCGGCUCGUAACGUGCUGGUGUCUGACGACAACAUCGCCAAGGUCAGCGACUUCGGCCUCACCAAGGAGGCCUCCUCCAUACAGGACACCGGCAAGCUGCCCGUCAAGUGGACCUCCCCCGAAGCACUAAGAGAGAAGAGGUUUUCCACCAAGUCGGACGUCUGGAGUUAUGGAAUCCUUCUUUGGGAGAUCUACUCCUUUGGCCGCGUGCCUUACCCUCGAAUUCCGUUGAAGGAGGUGGUGCCCCGGGUGGAGAAGGGAUACAAGAUGGACGCCCCAGACGGCUGCUCGCCAGUGGUGUACGACCUGAUGAAGCAGUGCUGGACCCUGGACUCUGUUGUGCGGCCCUCCUUCCGCAUGCUGAGGGAGAAGCUGCAGCAUAUCAGAGCCAAGGAGCUCUACCUGUGAAGAGGAGGCGCAGGGGGGCGACGAGGUUUGGGGAGAGGAGGGGGGCGAGACACAGCCCGGCACAGCUGUAAAGGAGGAGGAAGAGAAGAAGAAGAGGGACCACAGCAGCUUCCUCCUGCCUGCCCAGCCUGUUGACCUGCGGGACUGCCAUACUGGGCCCCCCCCCCGACCUCAGGCACCCGCCGGCCGCCCUCUGCCCCCGUACAAGGACUGUUUUCCUGUUUGUGUUGUAUAGCUUUUGCCAGACAGUUUCCUCUUCUCACGAUGAGCCGCUGCUCUCUCCUCCUUCACCUACCGCUGCUCACCGUCUCUUGGUUUCUCCUCUUCCUCGACCUGGAAGAUCCUGUUUCUUUCUCACUCCCCCCCCCCCCCCCCCCUCCUCUCCUGAACAUGGCAUUAACUGGAGAGGCUGGCCUUUUCCUCCACGUUUGUCAGGUGCUCCUUCUUCUUCCUCCUCCAUCUCCAUCAUUCCUGGAUCUCCGUAUCACCGUGUGGCUCUGCAUGAAUUCUCUCUUCCCCCCCCCCCCGUGCUGUGAGGUGUGGGGCCUUCGCUCUGCGCUAAAGUGCCUCCAGUCUACAGAGCUCCAGACUUCCCUCCAGCACGUCUUUCAACUGGACAGUUAUUACAUUUCUUUUUUUAAUUGAUUUUUUUAAUGAAUCUUUUUUAUUGCUUUUUUUUUUUUC